AUGGAAUCGCGACUUCGCAAGCUUCUCUCGUUGAAGAAAUCUCGGGCUCAGCCCCUCAUCGCGAAUAGUGAAUUGGAUUUACACAGCGUUCCAUACACCACCGUCCAGUCACAAGGUCGAAUUCCAGUCUUGAUCAAUCACGCCCUUGGACGUCCAGCAACCGCAACCGCGAAACGCAAGGACGAAAAGUUGACUGAUGUUCAUUCAUUCUCCUACAACACCACAGUUCCUGGCACCCCACCCGAGGUUGGAGAUAGGCCCCAGAGAGGUAAUGGACCUGUGAAACUCCAGACCAGCCGCCGAUUGAGCUCUGGAGAGCUCCUUGUUACUCAACAAGACUACGAUCGAACCUUGGAGGACAUUCGGCAUGGUGAAUUCAUCGUUGGAGGAAAGCAGAAGCGCACAUCUCGGCCCCCUCCAGUAGCCACCGUCUCCAGACACCACCAGCCAAUGUUUGUUUCUACUGCACCAAACUCGCCUGACGCCCAUUCCACCUUCUCGAAUUCCGUCUGGUCACCCCAAACCCCUGCCAGUGAUAUACCGAUCACAGGUCCAUUUACCCCACGCUCACCAUCUGCUACCACCUCUGCCAAACAGCCAAGCAUCAAGUCAUCACCAACCACAGUAGCUCGGUUUCAGGAUCUGGAAAAUGCUCUCACGAAUCGGAACAAUCUCGUCCAACCAGGCUUUCCCCAUCAGUUUCAUUCAAUGGCAUCUACUACUUCUUUGUUGUCGUCGAACGAAGAGCGAACUCCUACGAUCCAAGCCUUGUGGAGAGCAGAAUGUAGCAGACUUGAAUCAAUUUAUGGCCAGCCUGUUGUAGAUCAACACAGCCCUGAGAGCUAUCGAAGUCCAAGCUCUAUGACGAAUCUUCGACUUGCUCAAUACGGGUUCGAUCAACGGGAUAGCACUUCUUCCGCAUCGCCUGCACUACAAGCAAUGCCACACCCGACGUUGGACUUGGAAAAACGUGGAUUGCUAAUCAGAAGCGAUCUAGCAGCCGUGCAAAUGGAACUCGAUCACUCCGAUGGCUCGUCCAACAUAAGAUACUCGCUUCUCUCCUCCAGUGGUGCUUCGUCAUCAUUUACUACGCGAACAAGCAUUGUUGAGGAACCCACGACAACCCGAGAGGACGUACGGCGAAUUGUUGACGAUAUGCGGAUGACAUAUCUCAAUGCUAUCGAAGCUCACACUCCCCCCCUUCAACCUUUGCCCGACCUGCCAAUUCAAAAGCCAAGGUCCAAGAAGAAGACGAGAUCGCUUGCUUCGUCAACCUCCGUGGAGAGUGGAUUACGAUCCAUGAACCGACAAUCCAGUGACCGAACCAAGUCAUGGCAGUCGGCCAUAUCCUCUCAGCAAUCCAUCACCCCACGGACCUCCACCUCAUCGCCCCCUUCCAGACUCUCCAAUAAACGUAAAAGCUCUGGCAAUAGUCGAAGGGCUUCUGGCCAACCUGUGGCUGGUAUAUCAUCCUUGCCUGCAAUCGAAGCUAGUCCUGCCAGAGCUACCCCCGAUGGAAGAAAAAAAAGAGAGGACAUGGGCCUCAAGCGAGCCGAUUCCACCACCUUGGGCUCAAUGGAAAAGAUGUUGACUAUACUUGAUGAAAAGAAACCAAAAUCUCCAAGCCGCAGCAAUGUAACCCCAUCACCCAGAAUUAUCGUAUCUUCGGACUUGCACAACAAAAUGACUUUCCCCGAUGUUGUUGCAUCAACCUCGUCAACAACUCCAGAGACGCCACCCCGAAGGAACUCUUCGAUCCAGUCAACUCCGGCGAAGCACGGGUCUCUCAAGGUUGACGCUGGACCUACUGCGGCACCUACGUGGCAUCUCGAGGCGGCGCAGCUCUUCGAGGAUGCAGAUGUCGAUGUAUCUCUCGAUGUCGACGACUUCGAGGCCCUCUGCAAUGACUUAUUCAACACACCUUCAGUUGGGAAACCAACGGCAGGAAACUUGGAUGCGUGGGGUCAACCUCCCUCAGCUGAAAACAAAAGCGAGCGAAACAAUGGCAUCCACACUGGAAGCCCCCGAAGACGUGCACACACCACAACUGCAUCUCCAUCUCCACCAGCAAGCUCAAGCCUUUCUUUGCUUGCUACAUCCGGCUGA